UUAAGCCUGGUCGGACAGUGCUGGGCGCACGUGUGGCCCCGCUGUGUUUAACUGGCUGUUGCUGGACCUCUGGUGAUAACACUAGGCUCCAGGCGAAGCUUCGCGGUGUUACAAUGUCUCUGCAAGAGGAUGUCGGUGGCGGGCAGGACGAGGUGAAAAGUUCAGCCGCCGGUGACGCCCCUUCGCUCGCUUCCGUGAGCUGGUUGUCCGGAUUAUUCAGGCCGCUGAAGUACCUGUUUGGGGUGAUUCGGAGGCUGUUGACCUGGCCCACCUCUGGACAAGUUGAAGAAGUAGGAGCUGCUGGCACCAGUCCGUUCCCAAGAAGACGCUGGGUUUCGGUGAAGAAACGUCUGAGUAUUCUGGCUAGGUUUAUGCUGACAGUGGUUCCCUGCAGGAUUCAGGGCAGGCUUGGCUUUCCGGCGGCCAGCAGUUUGGGCCAAGGUGAAAUUUCCGAUGAGCUCAGAAAUUCGCCAAAUAAACCAUGUGGCAAAGGAAGCAAAAGGAAACAAGACGACCUGGCUGAGGAAGAUCUGUGCUGGAUUGAAACUUUGUCUGGUGACCUCUCAGAUGAUGAUGAUUUGGUGUCUGAUCCUAAUUUCGAGCCAAGCAAAUACUACACCGAAUCUGACUUCAGUGAGGAACACAGGGAGAAUAACGAUACAGAUCUGGAGUUGGAACACUUGGAGUCACCUCACCAGCAGGAGAAUGAAGAAGUUGCAACCUCCACUGAUGCUGAGAACCAAGUCAGUUCAGAAGAAGCUGAGAAGUGAUUGUGUUGCCAGGAAAGUGAACUUUGUAAUAUGAAGCAACUGGACUUUUGUGCAAUUCAGUUUUGUAUUUGGCCUUUAAUAAAAUUUAAUUCAUCAUUA